UUAGCAGGUGUAUGUAGUAUACAAACCAAUUUAGGGAUAAUAAGUACAUAUUUGAUUGAGUAUCGGAUUAUCGUUAUAUAUAAAGAUUUGUUUAAGAUAUCAUUGUUUAUCUACAGACACAAUAGUUUCUAUUAAAGCCCAUAUCACGCGUCUCGUGUUUGGUUGUUGACAGGAAGUUAAUCUUAGAUUUCGUAUAAAAGCCAACCUAGAACAAAUCUUGCUGCAGUCUGACCGCGUGGUUCAAACGUGUAAAGAACGAUCACAAUGAAUCCACAAGAAAAAGCUAAAUUUGCGUCGUUUUUUAAGAAAUCUACAGAUAAAACUAAUUCCUCUUGGAACUCAAAGAAGAUUCUCCAGAAAAUUACAAAUGCUCGGAAACUGCAGAGAAAUAGAGUGUCAAAUUCCGAAACUCAAAAACCAGCCAGUGAAGGCCAGCGGAGGUUUCGAGCAGUAGUACAUGUAACUAAAGCAGCAGUUUAUAGAGCUCCAAAGUUGUUAGAUAUCAAUUUGGACACUCCAAGAGUUAAACCAGAGAUCAAAACUACAGCAACGACAACAAAAUUAAAAACUAACAUUUUGCAAGGUGUAAUUGACAAAAAACUUGAGUAUGACGCUGACAUACCGUCUGUCAAUGCAAUAUGCUGUGAUGAGAAGAAUUCAGUUUGGGUAGGAUGCUGGAACAGGUCAUCAGUUCGUAGUCUCACGUGCCAUGAUAAAAUAGAACCUAAAGAACAAUACGAUACACCAGUCUCUGAUAUGACUGUGAUGCCAACAGGAGAUAUUCUCUUCACUAAAUUUGGCGAUUGUGCAAUAAAGAAGCUAUCGAGAACGGAUGGAACUAUAUCUACGUUUCGUGGCUGUAUGCCCCUUUACCCAGAGGGUAUUCAUGUAACAAGAUCGGGAGACAUACUAGUGACUGUUGUUGAUGCAUCAAAUUUUCUCGUUACCAAAACGACCACACGAAAAGUUGUCAAAAUGAAUGACGCGGGAAAAGUCAUUAAGGAAAUCGAAUAUGGCAACCGCGGACUCAAACUUUUCAUUUUACCAUACAGAGUAACUGAAAAUGUAAAUGGUGAUAUUUGCGUCGUUAAUAGAACAGGGGUGUACCUCGGACAAAUUGUUGUACUUGAUAAAGAAGGAAAUUUAAAGUUUACAUAUGAUGGAAAUCCAAGCCAGCAUUGUAAUGACUUUAUACCAAUGAGUAUAGCUUGUGACAAUAACGGUUGUAUCAUUGUUGCAGAUCCUAGUGACUAUGCUAUCCAUAUCCUGGAUAAAACAGGCAUUUUGCUUCAAUAUUUGAACACUAAUAAGAUAGGUAUUAGUCCCCCUUUGAGUGUGUGUGUGGACCAAAAAGGGUUUUUGUGGGUUGGGUGUAUGACAGAAGAAGGAAAACAAUCAUAUACUUCUAAAGUAUAUGCACUAUGUUGAUUUAUAUGUACAAAAUUUAAGGGAAGGUGCAAUAUUUAUACAAAAAUUGUAAUGUGUAAUAUGAUGCUAUUAAAUUUUAUUCAAAUGAUA